AUGAUUGUCAGACAAAUUUAGUUCCUAAAAUUCCUUUUAUGCUUUAGAAAAAUAAUAAAUCAUUAAAUCAAAUGUAUCAUCAUAUGCAUCAAUUGUUGCAAUUUCAAAAAUCGUGACAUCUCUUUUUUUCAACCUUAGAACAUAAUGGUUAAAUGUGAUACAAAUCAUGGAAAAUAUAUGGCAAGUCCAUCUGUAUUAUAGAGGGGAAAUAAUACCAAAAGAAGUUAAUGCUGCACUUGCAUAAAUAAGAUUUAUUAAAUAAAUUGGUGUACUAAAGGAUUUAAAUUAGAUAUUAAUUAUAACCUCCUGCCAGCAUAUAUGAUCUCGAAUAAAACUGCAAUAGAAGAAGUUUUUGCAAGAAUAGAUUAUAAGUUUGAUCUCAUGUAUUCCAAAAAGGUGCUCAUUUAUUGGUUCAUAUAAGAGGGAAUGGAAGAGGGAGAGUUCAUUGAAGCAAGAGAAAAUAUUUCAGCUCUUGGAAGGAUUAUUUUUUUUCGAGUGAAGCAGCUGAAAGAGACGGAGAGUACUUUGAAGGACUGA